AUGAUCCAACCCACACAUUCAUCUCCUUCUUCAUCUUCAUCUUCUUCAUCGCCAUCUUCACCACAAUUGAUGCAGAUCUACGAAAGCGUAACCCUAAUUCCCGGUCUCCCAAACGACGUCGCAGCACUCAUUCUCUCCUUCAUCCCCUACUCCCACCAAUCCCGCCUCAAACCAACCUGCAAAUCAUGGAAGCUCUUCCUCUCCUCCAAAACCCUAAUCGCUCUUCGCCAAACCCACCGUAACCUCUCUCACCUCCUCUGUAUCUUCCCCCAAGACCCCUCCGUAGCCUCUCCUUAUCUCUUCGACCCCCAAAACCUAGCCUGGUGCCCCCUUCCCCCCAUGCCUUGUAACCCCCACGUCUAUGGCCUCUGCAACUUCUCAUCCCUCUCCAUUGGCCCCCACCUCUACGUCAUCGGCGGUUCGCUCUUCGACACUCGCUCGUUCCCGAUCGACCGUCCAUCGCCGUCCUCCGCUGUCUUCCGAUUCGAUUUCAACACUUUCUCGUGGGACUUCCUCGCCCCGAUGCUCACGCCACGUGGCAGCUUCGCCUGCGCCGCGGUUCCGAGCUCCGGCGAGAUUCUCGUCGCUGGCGGUGGCUCUCGUCACACGCUGUUCAGCGCCGCUGGAAGCCGAAUGACCUCGGUGGAGCGAUAUGACAUCGGUAGAAAUGAAUGGGUUGCCAUGGACGGGUUGCCGGGUUUUCGGGCCGGGUGCGCGGGGUUCUUUGUUGGGGAAGGGGAGGAGAGGGAGUUCUGGGUGAUGGGUGGGUACGGCGAGUCUAGGACGAUAUCAGGAGUUUUUCCAAUAGACGAGUAUUACAGAGACGCCGUGGUGAUGGAAUUGAAGAAUGGGAAUGGUGGUGGCAGGUGGAGGGAGCUCGGGGAUAUGUGGGAAGAAGGGGAAAGGGUGAGGCUCGGCAAAGUUGUCGUAAUCGAAGAUGGUGAUGAUCGUGGACGCCCUGCUGUUUUCAUGCUUGAUGGGAAUGAUAUAUUCAGGUAUAACAUGGCUUCAAAUCGCUGGUUUAAGGAGUCACGUAUACCAAGAAAGGCUCCGUGCAACUCAUUAUUUGGAUUUGUUGUAUUGGACGGAGAGCUGCAUGCAAUCACCCUUUUGAAGGCAGUUGAGACAACAGAAACCCGAAGGUCGCGACUGCAUAAGAGGGCGGGAACGCUGUACAUCCAAAUAUACAAUCCUAAGAAGAAGACAUGGAGAUCUCUCAUUACGAAGUCGCCUUUCCAUUACAGCUUGGAUUUCAAUACUGCAGUUAUGAGCACCAUUCACUUGUGA